AUGGAUAAGUUAGAAACAGACAGAUGAAAACUGGGAUCUUGAAGCUGAGCAUCAGAGUCGUCAGUGCUAGAGCGACUUAAAGAAUAAGAGAAAAUGAGACUCAAAGUUUACGCGGAUCGAAUGUCGCAGCCAUCUCGAGCUGUUAUUAUCUUCUGCAAGAUAAAUGGAAUAGAUUUUGAGGAAAUCAAAGUUGAGUUGGCAAAGCGUCAGCAAUACUCCCCUGAAUUCAAAGAACUAAACCCUAUGGGUAAAGUACCAGUAAUUGUUGAUGGAAGAUUCAAGCUGUUUGAGAGUCAUGCAAUACUUAUCUAUCUUGCCUGUGCGUUUCCUGGAGUAGCAGAUCAUUGGUAUCCUAAUGAUCUUUUCAAGAGGGCUAAGAUUCAUUCAGUGUUGGAUUGGCAUCACUCUAAUCUACGCCCUGGUGCAGCCAAAUUUGUUCUCAAUGCUGCACUAGGGCCUGCUCUUGGCCAUCCACUGAAUCCAAAAGCUGCUGCUUCAUGUGAGCGUAUUUUGUCUGCAGCACUUGAUAAGAUAGAGUCCUUUUGGCUCAAGGGGAAUGGAAAGUUCUUGUUGGGUAGCAAUCAGCCAUCUAUAGCAGAUCUUAGCCUAGUUUGUGAAAUAAUGCAGCUGGAGCUUGUGGAUGAGAAGGACCGAACUCGAAUACUGGGCCCUCACAAGAAAGUGCAACAGUGGAUUGAGAAUACAAAAAUUGCAACAAGACCUCACUUUGAUGAAGUGCAUAAAAUCCUCUUCAAGGUCAAGGAGAAACUGCAACAGCAGCGGUCAGUGGCAGCAAGCAGUAACAGCACAUCUAGCACUAAAACAACCAUGCAUUCUAAAAUGUAAGUUUUUCAAAAAGAUUUGGAUGAUCUGUGAAACUUUGGAUCUAUGCCAAGAACUCUGUCAUGAAUCUAGCUCAUAUAAAUAUAUUUCUUCAUUUUGGUUGCCA